GUACAAUGUGUGGAUUCUGUUAUGUUACACCUAACUGCAUGUGACUGUUUAUUUCUCCAUCCAUUGUCCCUCCUCCUUUCACGAGUCCUGUUUUAAAUAAAGAGCAACCUUAGUUGGGAGAAGAGCAUCUCCUUCUUGAACACACCUGUGACAUCCAUUAGUCAGACUGUGACAACCGCUUGUUCAAGGAGAACAGCAACACCUUUUUUCUGAGAUACAAAAUUACAGCAAUGGACAGUGGUAGCAGGGUUGUGUUUGCAGUCAUCAUGAUAAUGGCAUGCAUGGGAACGAGAGCUAAUGGACUUAGCUCCAUAACAGCACCGAAUACAUUGCCCUCGGGAAAUAUCUCAAGGGCAAAUUGUGGAACCACACAGUUAUGUGCUGCUCAGCCAGCAGGCUGUAACCCAUCUGUGUCUGGAUCCUGUUUCUUCGUCUCAACCAGUUUAAUCUCAGGACAGAACUUUUCCUUCCACCUUCAAGGACAAUCCAGUGGCUACGUUGCUGUAGGGUUGUCCAGAACCAUUAAAACGGGACAAAAUGACUCCGUCUAUGUGUGUGCUAACAUCAACAACACCGUCAAUUUCUCUUCCACACUUUACAACAACGGAGUUCUGACUCAUACCAACACGCAGGCUAACCUGGUGAUGGGCUCAGUCAGUGGUCAGACCAUCAGGUGCAUCUUCUCUGCUACAGUCCCCAAUGCUACUUCCACCAAGAGCAGCAGUACCUCCUUUUUCCUUUCCAUCUACAACGGGACCCUGACUAACGGACUCCCAAGUAUUCCAAAGGCUGUCUUUAUAAGCACUGCACCCGUGGACCUGUCCAACCCCACCGCCAUUGCAACCAACAGUCUUUACAUGGGAAUCAUCUCAAGGGCAAAUUGUGGAACCACACAGUUCUGUGCUGCUCAGCCAGCAGGCUGUAACCCAUCUGUGUCUGGAUCCUGUUUCUUCGUCUCAACCAUUUUAAUCUCAGGACAGAACUUUUACUUCCAGCUUCAAGGACAAUCCAGUGGCUACGUCGCUGUAUUGUUGUCCAAAACCACUACAACGGGACAAUAUUACUCUGUCUAUGUGUGUGCUAACAUCAACAACACCUUCAAAUUAUUUUCCAUAAUUUACAACAACGGAACUCUGACUCCGACCAACACGCUGCCCUCUAACCUGGUGACUGGCUCAGUCAGUGGUCAGACCAUCCAGUGCAUCUUCUCUGCUUUAGUCCCCAAUGCUACUUCUACCAAAAAAAGUACCUCCUUUUUCAUUUCCAUCUACAACGGGACCGUGACUAAUGGACUCCUAGGUAGUCCUAAUGCUAUAUUUACCAGCACUGCAGCCGUGGACCUGUCCAACCCCAACGCCACUGCGACCAACAGACUCACAUCAGCCUCACCAAACGCUUUUGGUCUACAGCGCACCCUGUCUCAAGCACUGCCGAUCCUGCUUGGUGGACUAGUUUUCAUCAUGAUGUAAUGUGGAUAUCAGUAGUAAACCUUCACAUUCUGGAAUCAUGAACCUCUAUGGUUACUGAAGCCAACCAUUCUGGGUUCCCAAGAAUUAAGCUCUUUCUGAUCAGGGGUAGUAAGACAUUUGACUACAGAAUUAAUCCAGCAAUAUAAGGUUAAUAUUGUGUUUGUAAUCAAGCCCUAUUAAGGUACAUUUUGAAAAAUGAUAUCACUGCUAACUAUUGGCACAGAUGGUCAAAUAUUUAAAUACCCGAAAUGUAUUUAGUAUUCGAAUACUUGUGUGUAUUCAAUU